AUGUUCUUCUUCUUCAUCUGCGGUGAGCACACCUUCCGCAAGGAGCUCCCUGGUUACGAGGGCAUUGUGUGCCAAUGCCAUCACUGCGGCAACAUGUCGGGCCGUGUGCUCAAGAGUAACCCCUGGUUCACCUUCUGCUUCAUCCCCGUGAUUCCCUUCACUAUCAAGGGGUACAAGGACGUCACAUGCAACAUCUGUAGCUUCCAGCAGCCGCUUGAGAACCGCCCCGAUGUCAUGGCCAUGGCCAAUGGCGGACGUGGCGGCGGUGGAGGCCAUCAGCAACAGUACCAGUCCUAUCCUCCGCCCCAGCAAGGAUGGCCGCAGCAGGGACCGCCGCCGCCGCAGCAACAUGGUCAACAGCAGCAGUAUGGCUAG